ACCUCCCCAGUCAGUCCGUGCGGAUCGCGGCGAAGCGCAGCCUCAUCACGGAGAACGGUGCUGAGAAAGAGAGAGAGCGAGAGAGAGGGGAGCGAGAGAGAGAGGGAGGGUGUGUGUGUGUGAGAGAGAGAGAGAGAGAGAAAGCCAGAGCCAGAGAGACGAGAAAGAUAAAGGAAAGACAGACGGAACGAUAGACUUGUGCGUAAAAAGUACUGGUGCCCCCCUUCUGCUUCUUCUUCUUCUUCUUCUUUUUUUUCUUUCUAAAUUUCCAUCAGACAAAAAGAAAAAAAUUCCAAACCGGCUGCUUGGAUGAACCAAAACCUAUCGAUCUGUCAGCACUACACCUGGAUUCACUGACCAGCCGCACAGCAGGCAUGUCCCGAAGGAAGCAGAGCAACCCCAGGCAGAUCAAACGUCCUCUGGAGGAUGGCCUGGAGGAAGAGGAGGAGGAGUGCGUCUCCGAGGAGAAUGAGCUCCUGGCCAAAGAUGAGUUUUCGGUGGAGGAGAACUUCACCGCCGAGUUUGAGACUGAGAACAUAAGCUGCGAAGACAUGGAGUACUUCUGCAACAAAGGAGAGGAAGAUGGCAAUCGAGAGGCAGGAGAGUCGGAGAUGGAUGGGCAGGGGGAGAAGAGCAGGCACGCUGCCAUGGGGCCAGAGGAAUGGGAUGGUCCAAGAGAGCUGGACGCAUUCCUUAAAGAUGGUGAGCGUCGUAUCCACAGCCGGCAGCAGCUCCCUUUGGGGACAACAUGGGGACCCUUUGAGGGGAAGAUUGAAAUGAGCACUGAAAACUCUACACUGAAGACGAAGAGCACGGUCCCUGUGGUGUUGAGCGCCGGCCCCAGGUGGCUGCUGGAUGUGACUUGGCAGGGAGCGGAAGACAACAAAAACAACUGUGUGGUGUACAGCAAAGGUGGCCAACUGUGGUGCACUACCACCAAGAACAUGAUGGAGGGCGAGGAGCUGGUGGCGUUUGCGGUGGACUUUGACUCCCGUCUGCAGCCGGUGAACCACAUGUCUCUGAGUGAGGGCAUGUACCCAGCCAGGCUGCUGGACAGCAUCCAGCUCCUGCCGCAGCAGGCCGCCAUGGCUUCCAUCCUGCCCACUGCCAUCGUCAACAAGGACAUCUUCCCCUGCAAAGCAUGUGGAAUCUGGUUUAGGAGCGAGAGGAACCUGCAGGCUCAUCUCAUGUACUACUGCAGCGGGCGGCAGAGGGAGCCAGAGACGGUGGUGGAGGAGAAUGACAGUGGCCCACACCAGACCCCCAGUAUCUGUCCCUUUCCACAGUGCAAUAAGAGCUUCUCCGGACCCAGGGCCCUAGAAAUGCACUUGAGCACCUCGCACAGUGGUGUCAAAAUGGAAGAGAGCCUCCCUCCUGGCACCAGCUUGAAAUGCACAAUCUGUAACUACACGGCAGAUUCUCUUAUUACAUUCCAGCAUCACAUCAUGUCUCACCUGUCACAGGCGGCCUUCAGAUGCAAUCACUGCCAUAUCAGCUUCCAGAGCCACAGGGAACUCUUACAGCAUCAGGACUUACAUGGGCACGGCAGCAAACUUCACAGGGAAGGUAACGGCACAGAGCACUCCCCCAGGGGGCCGGAGGAAAGCCUCCAGCAGCAGCAGCAGCAGGCCCGCACUGAGCUGGCCAACAGGAAGGACGCUCUGCUCGGAAGUCCCAAAGGGACCCUCAACAAGGAGACCAGCACAGACGGGGAAGUUGACAAGACUGAGAAGAAGCCCAUGCUGUCUGUUCAGAAGGGAGAGGCCCACCCAGGCAGCAAAGCCAGUUUUUCUUACACUAGGAUCAAGUCUGAGCCCUCCAGCCCCCGACUGGCCUCCUCCCCUGUGCAGCAUAACAUGCCUACAUUUCCCAUGGGCCCCUUCUUGUCUCAGUUUGCGUUCUCCCAAGACAUUUCAGUAGUCCCGCAGGCUUCUGAGAUUCUGGCUAAAAUGUCAGAGCUAGUUCACCGGAGGCUGCGCCACGGAGGGAACAGCUACCCCCCUGUCAUCUACAGUCCUCUUAUGCCCAAAGGGGCCACCUGUUUUGAAUGCAAUAUCACCUUCAGCAACCUGGACAACUAUUUGGUCCACAAAAAGCACUACUGUAACAGCCGCUGGCAGCACAUGGCCAAGUCCCCCGACUUCUCUGCCCUCUCGGAUAAGGUCCCCGAGGCGGUUAGCCCCAACAGCGGUCACAGUUCUGUUAGCAUGUUGGCCGGCUGCCACCCGUCGGAGGCUGACAGCCACCUCAUGCAGUCAGCUUGCCUGAACUCCAGCGUGUUGGACAUGAUCAACGCUGGGGCUAAAGGCCCCGAUAAGGAUCUAGCAGGACAGGUGAAGAAGGUCUCCACGCCAACUGGGGCUGAGGAGAGGCUGAAUGACAAGCAGAUGGAGGGGAAGAGCCCCAGCACAGGUUUGGUGGAAAGUGACAACGAUCCGACCAAGACGACUUGCGACGCCUGUAAUAUCACGUUCAGUCGUCACGAGACCUACAUGGUCCACAAGCAGUACUACUGCGCCACUCGUCAUGAUCCCCCCAUGAAACGCAUGCCCACCAACAAGGUGCCCUCCAUGCAGAGAACCAUGAGGAGUCGUAAGCGCAGGAAGAUGUAUGAGAUGUGUCUCCCGGAUCAGGACCACCAGAGGCCCCCUAUGGGUCAGCCAGGUUUCCUUGGGGUUCCUCCCAUGAACCCUUGCACAUCCCAGGAAGCUGUAGAGAGCCUUUCAGACCGCUUCCAUCCCCGCUGUGAUAUGUUCCCAAGUAUGGUACCUAAACACCUGGAGGCAUCUCUGACUGUCACCAAACCCGUUCUGGCUCCCAAAUGCAACAUCGUGGAGCCACAGGAGCUGGACGCUCCCAUUGACCUUAGCAAAAAAUGCUCGCCGGUAUCCGACAAGUCAUGUAGCUCUCCCAAAAGACUUUUGGACUAUCAUGAAUGCGCAGUGUGCAAGAUAAGUUUUAACAAAGUGGAGAACUACCUGGCGCACAAACAGAACUUUUGCCCCGCAACGGCCGCCGCCACUGCCGCACAGCAGCAGCAGCCACAACAGCAACAACAGCACAAUGAGAGCGGCGGCCUGGAGACGACCAUGUUCCCAGAUGUGAAGAGUGAAAGCAGCGGUAACCCGGAUGAAGUCUACGAUAAGAACCCAGGCAAAUGUGAGAAGAAUGGCAACGGGAAGGUGAUGGUGCAGAAUGGAGGCAUGUUUCCUCCACACCUGGGGCCCGUGCCGGGUCUCAAGUCUUUCGCUGAACCCCAGCUCAUCCCAUCAAAAGAGGACAGCAAGAAUAUGUUUCUGCCCCACUGCCUCUACCCUGGAGCAAUAAAGAAGGUCAAAGGUCCUGAGCAAAUAUCGCCGUAUUUUGGGAUAAAACCAACUGACUACGGGGGGCCAGCGGUGCAGGGAGAGACCGGUGAACAGGAGCAAAGUGUUAAUGGGGGAGGAGGUGCUGGAGGAGGAGAGACGGGAACAACCAGAGAGCAGGCCACACAGCCUGCUGCUAACGGCUGCCCUCACCCUGGCAAGGAACCCCUUCCCCUCCUGCCCAAAAACCGAGGCAUGGUCAUUGUCAACGGGGGGCAUAAGUCCGAGGAGCGUUCAGGCACAGCACCGCCGCAGCAAGAGAACCAGCCCCAGCCAGACAGCCAGCCCCCCAAUCCCUCACCGACGUGGGCCACCGAAAAUCAGACCGACUCCAACGAGAACAUGUCGCCUUCCUCCAAGUCCCCAAACGAGGAGGCAGCGCCCACAGCCAAUAAGGGCGUGAACGGCUCCGGAAGCGGCAAGUACUGCCGCCUCUGUGACAUCCAGUUCAACAACCUGUCAAACUUUAUUACCCAUAAGAAGUUUUACUGUUCGUCACAUGCUGCCGAGCAUGUAAAAUAAGAGAAGACACGUUCUUCAUCCUCCCCCUCGCUCCUUCCCCCGACACCUUCCCCCCCUUACUGACUUUUCCUCCUUUCUUUUUUUUUGGUACACUGUUGUGUCUGGAAUAGUGCAUCAUGCAGUGCUAACCGCUGCUUGUGGACAAUCAAGAGAAGCUUCUUCUUUCAUCGUUUUAAGACUUACAAAUGCAAAACCAUUGGUUUAAAAAAAAAAGAAAAGAAAAGAAAAAGAAAAAUGGAUCAAGAAUAAUAUUGGUGCCACUUUCACAUUAAUUUAUUUUACAAUCAGUAUUAAUAGGAGUAGUGGUCUUAAUUUAAAUUCAAAAUGAAAUUUAUAUCAGAGUUGUUUGUAAUGUUAUUGUAUAGUCAUUCUUGUGUAGCACACAUAUUGUUUACACUGUAAUGUAGGCUCAAUGAAACAAUAGACAAUACAAAAAUGAGAUGCAUUUUAGACACAAAAAUAGCUACUGAGGCACUUGUGUAUUCUUAUUUGCUGUACCAGUUUCUGUAUAUGGCCAAAAUGUCACUUGCAGUUUGCUACUAAUGACUUGUUAGCCUUAAAAAGCCGCCGUUUUGGGGGGGUGGGUGGGGGUGAUCACCUGGCACAACCCUGCAUCUCACAUUUUGGCAUAUACAUAUGGCUUUGCAUACAUAUGUGGCUGUUUGUCCCUGUCUCUUUUCUUCAACUCAGAUGUGGAUGUUUUCAUGAGGAUGGCAGCAUUCUUGUAUAGUACUCGUAUUUCUGUUUGAUGAUACACUUUGGUCUCCCUUUUUCAAAUUUUGCUCUCAAUGCAAUACUUUGUAAAUGAGGGAACAUUACUGAAAGCAGUAUUACGAAAUGGGGACUGUGCAUAUAAUUAUUUGUAACCCCAUUGGGAAUUUAAAAACAAAAAGAGAAAAAAAAAAAGCAAGUUGUACAAGAAUUAAGUUUAUUGCUGACGAACAAGAUGGGUUGGGAGGUCAGUGGGGGAUACUGAUGUAAAAUGAUCAUUCCAAUGUCCUGAUUAUGGGAGAAAAUGUUUCUUAAAACGUUGUUGCUAUGCAUGUAUAUGGAUGGAAUUAAAUUCCAGAUCUGUUGGAAAUUUUUAUUUUGAUGUGGUGUCAUAAUUAAACUUAAAUCCUCAGGAUAAA